AUGGCGACUAUCGAAGAUAAGGAGAACGUGAUGCCUGCGACCUCCAGCGACCCUCUACAGUCGAAGGCCUCCUUGCUAUCACCAAGACGCUCUGGCAGGAAGGGAAGAAGCAAGAGUAUCGGCCCAGGUUCGUUGGACGAGCCAGAACCACCCAUAAUCAGCGCAAAAGAUAGGCGAAAAUCUGCAUUCGUGCCCGCGACCAAGUCGAUUCUCGCCAAAAAUGAAGAGUCCGAAAAGGCGGCGCGUCGCAAGUCGAUGAUGAACAGGCGCGUCUCAUUUGCGCCGGAAGCAACGCUACAUACAUGGGACAUCGUGGAGUACGCGAAGGACCACACCACUUCGACAGAUGACACAGAGAGCACGCGACGCGCAUCAGCGUUCAGCCGGUCUUCAGCAUCGCCGAGACCAAGCUCGGAUGCUUCCCGAGACGACGAGGACGCGGAGCUUCUCAACUCUCCGGAGGCUGGACCAGACAGGAAAAGUAUGCGGCGGAGCUCUGGGAUUCCACCGAUGAAUUUCAACAAUCCUCACGAUGCCUACUCCUCGAGCGGUGUGAGCGCAAGUGAAGACGAAUCUGGCAGCGAUGACGAGGAGGGAGAAUCGGAGGAUGAUACGGGCACUGCAAUGAGCCUCGACGUGGACGACGCUACAAUUCAAUCAGCAGCUGGCAGUGAGGAUAGCACCGGGUCAAGUGCUCGUCUUGAAGCAUCUCUGAAGCAAGCCGCCCAGGCUGCUGGCACUCGCGGAAUUGAGUACGACGAGUUUGGCGAGAUGUCUAUGGAGCUUGUGUCGGAAGAGGUCACGAAUGCUUUCAAACCAUGGGCACAGCAACAGCCGAAUGAGCCGCAGGGAUCUGCGUCACUGGAUCAAGAGAACGUCAAUCCAUUCUCACCGGUCUUCAGGAAAGAGAUUCAAGCACAACAAGCGCCUAUCUCUGAAGAAGGCGAGGAUGACAUGAGCAUGGACAUGACUCGUGCUAUUGGUGGCAUUCUAAGGUCUCAGCCGGCUGAAAAGGAGAGCUCACCUGUCAGUGAAGGAGACGAAACAAUGGAGCUCACACAAGCCAUUGGCAAGAUUCACGGACAGAAGAAGCGCCACUCCACCACAGAAGCUGGAUCGCCAGGCUCAAAGCCUCCAGCCAAACAGGCUAAGAGGAGGCGAUCUUCGGUCGCUCGUUCCUCCAUGGGUGAUGAUACAAUGGACCUGACAAUGGUAGUGGGUGGAAUCAGGAGCACUACUUCUCCAGUCAAGACGGAGCGGAGGAGAAGCUUGAGAAAUCGACGAUCGUCUGGUGCUGUUUCGGAGCAAGACAACGCCACUAUGGAGUUCACGCAAGCCAUCGGUGGGAUCAAGAAAACCAAUGCUUCCAAUGGCAGUGUCGAUGACAGUUUUGAUGGCAAUGAAGAUCUCUCCAUGGAACUGACGACCGUCCUUGGCGGUAUCAGACCUGGAAAUCAGACGGCUAAGAACAAUGGCUCACGGCAAACAACUCCGCAGCUACCGCAGUCACCAGUGCGCUCAGCAGCAAAUACGACUCCGAAAGAUCAAGAACGCUUCAGGGACACCUUGGAUAUGGGAGCAGCGAAGCUUUUAACGCCAAUACUGGAGAAGCAGUUGGAACAGUCAGCCAGCCACACAUAUUCCAGCAAGAGGCGCCAAUCGUUCUCUCCAGCAAAAUUGACCGGCGAGGCUCAGCAACAGACAUCUACUCCUCCCGUCGAACCUGUCGCAGAAGCAGAGACUGGCCAAGAUGGUAUCCCCAGGCUGUCUCCCGCCAAGGACAACGUAGCGUACCCAGAAUUGCCCGCAAUCGGAGAGAGACCUUCGCCAGUCCGAACGCCCACUCCCAGUCCUCAGCGACGCCAAGGUCGCAAGAGUCCAACUGCUCAAGGACACGAACGGCCGACUGUACUUCUUCAAGCUCCAGAUCAGUCGCCCAUCGCAGCAAAGAUAGAGCGAAGCUCUCCAGCAAGAGCAGCAGCUUCGACACCUGAGAGGACCAAUGCUUCAGAGGACUCGAGAGAUUUGACUGAGUCCAUCAAAUUGAUGACCACACCACGUAAAGAGGCUUUGAAAUCCGUGACUCCAAAGAAAUCGGCGCCUGCAAAGCAGAUUUCGCCGGUGAAGUCUAUGACACCCCGAGCACGACCCAUGCCAAAGUCCAAGGAGCCUGCUCGUGAGCUUCCAUCUCCCGCGCGACGACUCCAUGAGGAUCUCAAAGAGAUCAAGGCGAACGCGGAGCAUGUCGAGAAAGUCGGCUUACAGGACUUCCUCGCGAAGGCUGGCAUUCGUUUCAUGGAUCUUACAACCACCAAGCGAAGACUGACUACCGCUCCGACGCCAUCGAGGACUCGAGACAGUGCUCAAGACGAGGAGGUCAGUCUGGAGAGCGGCGUUGUGGCUGCUGCUUGCACCGUUCCAGAGCUAGAGUUGUAUCAGCACGCCUGCCAUGAGCUGAAACGAUACACCAAGGAAGGCAAGCAGAUGAUCGCACAGCUUGAAGCUGCGACAAUCCGCGAACAGCCUCCUUUGCUGCAGGCGUACGUGCACGCUUCGCCGGAUCGAAAGGCUGCUUUGGACGCGCAGAUGCGGGAGAUGAAGACCGAUGCGCGGUAUAGAAGCAAAGAGUUAUGGUAUGUUUGGCGCAGUCAACUUCUUGAUGAGCUUAUGGGUGGCCUCCAAAACAUCGGAGAGGGUCUCAUCAAGGACGACGAAGUCAUCGGCCGUUCCGAAGAGACCUUGGAACAGCUGCUGCCAACUUUGACCGAGAAGCACCAUUCACUGCAGCAGGAAGCUGAGCGACUUGAGGAAAGCGUCAACGCCGUCUCGGAAGAAGAGAAAGAGGAGUUGAAUGCAACCCGAAUGAAUCUGAGUGAUGUCAAUAGUGAACUCGCUGAGAAGCGCCGCCUGCUUGAGUCGCUGCGAAAGCAAGUGGAAGAGCAAGAUUAUGCAGCAGAACACUUGCGGGAGAGCAAGGACGAGUUUCAGGCAGCCAUUCAGGAAGCUAACCGCGUCCGAGAAGCGUGUCGCGGUGUGUCUUUGAGCGAGAUCAAAACAUUGAAAGGCAAGUGUCCUCGUAUCGAUGAAUAGCAGAAUCUCUCACUAACCAUUCCUCAGAGUCCGUCAAGCAUCUCGAGGAGACCUACGGCUGGUCCAUUGCCUCCGCGUCUUCAUCGCCCGCGACGCUGACAAUGACCUACAAGUCGGAACUUCAACUGUUCUUCCAUCCUCGCGCUUUGUCUCGAUCUUCGGAAGACUCCCUUGAGCGUCCUAAUGCUCCCAUCGGCCUGACCUACAUUGAGGAGGGCAAGAAGCCAAUGACGACGACGCUUCGUUUCUUUCUUCAAUUCCUCCGUGCGUGUCUGCAAGGGCUCCCGCAGUGCACGACGAAGAUCUCCGCCCUUCUCGGCCUCGUAAGCAGUGGGUGGGACACUGCCUCUUCCGUUGCAGAAGCGGAGAGGCGCUUGAAUCUCGAGACUCUGACCGAGUCCCGCAUCGUUUCGGACGAACAACUCGCCGUGGAAGCGCAGGUCCUGCUCGCCAAGGUCAAGACCAAAGUGCGCGCUACGUUCGACGUCUCCGCUCGAUUGGUCGAAGACGGCGAUGAAUUGAAGGUGGACGUGAGAUGUGAGCCGAGGGUCACGGUUGUCUAUGGAGAGCAGUAUAACGAGCGGAAUAUGGGUGAAUUCCUGAAAAACGCGGUCGGUGAUGGUGUUGAGGGGUGGGAUGAUGCCGUCCGGGGUAUGAGGGAGAAGUUGAUCGCGAGAGGUGCCAAGGGAUCGAGGAAGUGA